AUGCAUUUGAGUCAUAGAUGUAAACAACUGCCCGUCUCAGUUUCUCGAGCAUCGCGACGUCUACAUCAGUGUUCUGAAUGUUCAUAUUUGGGAAGAUCCUCGCUGUCCCAGUCAAUCAUGUUACACAUACCACCAGAAAGUAGAUCUUCCCCUGCGUCCGAGGAACAGACGCUCAUGAUCGAGAGUCGAGCCUAG